AUGGAAGAGAGUAACUCCAAUAGCAGUACCAUGAAUUCUCUCGAAACUAGGGAGGAUUUGACUUCGAUUUUACCAUACUUACCACUAAUUCUCCGUUCCUCAGCACUAUUCUGGCCGCCGCCGAUGGUGGAAGCGCUGAAAUCGCUAGCCAGAGGACCUCUUCACAGCAACGUUAACUCGGGUCAAGUUCUUUCCAUCGCCAUUUCCGACCUUCGUAAUUCUCUUAGUUUGCCCGAUUUCGCCCUCCACCCUUCCGCACUUCACGGCUAUGCCCUCUUCUUUGAUGACUUGAUGAGCAGGGAUGCUUCUGAGAAGUGGUUUGGAAAGGUGGUUCCACAACUGGCAGAUUUGCUAUUAAGGUUACCAAAUUUCUUGGAGUCAUACUAUCAAAAUGCAGUUAAUUUCAAUGGAAUGGAAACUGGUCUUCGGUUACUGGAUUCACAACAGCAGGGUAUUGUGUUUCUCAGUCAGGAAUUGAUUGCUGCUUUUCUAGUUUGCUCUUUCUUUUGCUUGUUUCCAACCACUAAUAGAGGUGCCAAACAUCUCCAAGCAAUCAACUUUGAUAAUUUAUUUGCGUGUUUAUAUGAGUCCCAUGACAUGCAACAAGAAAAUAAAAUAAAGUGCAUUGUUCACUAUUUUGAGAAGAUAUGCUCGUGUAUGCCUAUGGGAAAUGUCUCUUUUGAACGAAAAGUUCUUCCUCUGACAAAUAGCCCAUCCCACAUUUGUUUCCCAAAGGCUAAUUUUUGGAGCAAGUCUAGCGUCUCCCUUUGCCAUUUGGAGGUUCACCCUUCUGGUUUGAUUGAGGAUCAACCUGCUGAAGCUCUUGAAGUAGAUUUUGCAAAUAAAUACAUAGGAGGUGGUGCUCUUUUCCGGGGCUGUGUACAGGAAGAGAUUCGUUUUAUGAUCAAUCCAGAAUUGAUUGUUGGCAUGCUUUUCUUGCCUGCAAUGGCCGACAAUGAGUCUAUUGAAAUUAUUGGUACGCAGAGAUUCUCCGAUUACACUGGAUAUGCUUCUUCAUUCUGCUUUUCUGGCGACUACGAGGACGUCAAGGGUGUUGAUUCAAUGGCAAGGCGUAAGACAAGGAUAAUUGCAAUAGAUGCACUAUCUCGUGUCGGUAAGAGACAAUACACACCAGAAUGCCUUGUUAGAGAGAUUAAUAAGGCAUUCUGUGGCUUUUAUGAUCAAUCCAGGCGACAGCAAUACGAAAAUCUGUUUGUAGACACUGGAUUUCCGGAAGCUGAGUUUGAUGAAGGCACUAGAAACCCUCUUGGAAGUUCCACGAGAAAUAUGCCGACUUCCUUUCAAUCAAUCAAAGGAACUUCUAGUAACCAACCAACUAGGGUCAAUGAGCAGAAGUGGGAUGACAAUGAAAUCGGGAUCGCUACAGGGAAUUGGGGAUGCGGUGCUUUCGGGGGAGAUCCUGAAGUCAAAGCCAUAAUUCAGUGGCUUGCAGCGUCUCAAGCACUAAGACCUUUCAUCUUAUAUUACACAUUUGGCUUGGAGAGCUUGAGGAAGCUUGACAAUUGUGUUGCCAUUGACUCUGUUGUGGAGCUGGAUUUGGUCUCUGCUCUACAAGCCUCGGCCUUCCCAGAACUCAUUUUCACUACCGGGUCUAAACAGCAGAAGAUAAUGGCAUUCUUUUACUAUGGAGCUGCCAAGCCACCAUGCGCCAGUGGUGUUCGUCCAGGUGAGUACCCUGCGACGGAUGUUUUGAAUCCAUGGGCAGGCAAGAGGCAACCUGGCGAAAUAUUCACUUCAUUUCGAAUUGAUGUAAAGAAAGGUACAAAACUUCGGAUUGCUGAUUUUGUCCAUGGUACCGAUGGACCGGGAAACCAAAACUUUCCUCCACCUAAAGGACAGCCGAUUGAACUGUCUGCUACUGAUUUUCUUAUCCAGCAAGCUAAUCUUUAUCCUGGAAAGGUCAAUGUGGUGGCCUUGGGUCCUCUUAACAAAUAUUGCACUGGUUGCCUCUUGCCUGCCCAUGGAUUCAAAACAUUCGUUGCAGGGUACUCACCUGGACGAACACCACUGGCGCCUGUUCAGCAAAGACACAUAAUUCCAAUAACCAGUAAAAAUUGUAGUCCUAUAGCUGACUGCACUAGAUUUUCACUAUGGCAGAUUAAGAUACGUGCAAUACUUGUACAACUGGAUUUGGAUGAUGCGUUGCUGGGAAUAGACAAGAUGCUAGCAACUUUGACCAUGAAGGAGAAAUUACGGAAGGAUAAGAAGACAGUUUCUCACAUUCAUCUUCAUUUAUCAAAUACUAUUCUUUAUGAUGUUUUGAAGGAGAAUUCAAUAGCUUUUUUAUGGUUGAGGUUGGAGAAAUUGUGCAUGACUAAAAGUCUGACAAUGUAUGAUGCUUUGUAUUCAAAAGAGAAGAUGAAGCAUCUGGUUUCUGAGGCCAAGGAUGGAAAAGACCUGGUUGCUCAUGGUAGUUCUGGAAGGGGCGAAGAAAACCUCGUGGAGAACGUUGUAAGUGAAGGAGAACGCUUAGCUAUUUCUCACAUUGAGUCUAAACAUGAAGAAGAUUGGAUUCUGGAUUCAGCAUGUGUGUUUCAUAUGUGUCCUAAUAAGGACUUGUUUGCUACAUAUGAAACUGUUUCCAAAAGUGUCGUGGUUAUGGGAAACAACGUGUCUUGUCGGUUUGCUGGAAUUAACACAGUUAGAUUGAAGCUUUUGGAUGGUACAAGUAGAACACUUGACCGGUUCGACAUGUUCCAGAUUUGA